AUGGUAAAAAGGCCAAAUUCCUUUAAAGAGCCUUUACCCACAAAGAAACCAAAACACAACCUUGCUGAUGAAGAAAUUCUAAGUGACGAGGCAGAAGAUGAUAAUUUGGAAAACCAGGACGAAUUCUUCGAGCCUGAAGAAAGUCCAGAAGAAAAAAGAAUCCGUCUCUCCAAAGAGCUUAUAAAGCAAGCAGAAGAAGCCUCAGGAAACAACAAAGAAGAAGUCGAAAAUAUUUUAAACCAAACAGCUCUAGACACCAAAGGGCGACUUACUAUCGAAAUUGCUGAUAACCUGAAUGACCAUUACGAAGCUAGCUUUGCCAAAGGCCAUUUACUCGGAGUCACCUGUAUCGCUUUGAUGCCAGACAACAAAAAAUGCAUCUCCGGCUCCAAAGACUGCUGCCUAAUCAUAUGGAACCUUGAAACCAUGCAAAAAGAGCACAUUAUAAAAGGCUUCAGACACGACAGAAAAUACGGUGGGCACUUUGAUGAAAUCAUGUGUGUCGCUGUAUCAGACGACUCAAAAUAUAUAGCAAGUGCAGGAAAAGACCGAAUUGUAAGAAUUUGGGAUGGCCAAACCUACACGUCUGUUGAAAAUUUCAAAGGGCAUCGCGAUACAGUCAAUGCCAUGAAAUUUUGCCCAAACUCACACAUUUUGUUUACAGCAGCUUCAGAUCGGUGUGUCAAGGUGUGGAACUUGGACGAUAUGGUUUUUAUGGACACUUUAUAUGGCCACCAAAGCUUUAUAUUUGAUAUUGACACAUACCCAGGCGAAAAAGCAAUAACAUGCUCUUAUGACUUAUCAGUAAGACUAUGGAAAACCUUGGAAGAGUCGCAAUUUGUAUAUAAUGGACAUACACAAAGCAUUGACUGCGCUAAAAUCAUUAAUGCUGACCAUUUUGUUACAGGAAGCCAAGAUGGAAGUAUUGGGUUAUGGAAAACAGGAAGGAAAAAACCUGAAAAAUAUUUCAAAGAUUUGCAUGGAGGGAAAUGAAUUACUUCGCUUGCAGUUUUGAAGAGAAGCGACUUGUUGGCAUCUGGGAGUUCAGAUGGGUGGAUCAGGCUGUAUAAAGUAAGUGAAGGAGAAAUAGAACUUAAAGCAAGUGUAGAAGCAUUUGGGUAUAUAACAAGCCUUGAUUUUUCCAAAGACGGGAAAUAUUUAGUCGCUGGAGUAAGUCCUGACCAUCGAUUUGGAAGGUGGACUGAAACAAUCAAGGUAAAGCCAGGAAUUCUUAUUAUUGACUUAGAUCUCAGCGAAACACGUCAGGCUUUUAUCAAUCAGUUCCAAAACAAAGUUAAUUUCGAUAAUAUUUAG